CGUAUUGAGUACUCUUUUCCUUUUUCCCCUCCCAGCACAAACGAAACAGCAGUAUUAAUCAAAACGAUCUAGGGCUUGAAGUCGUUUUUGUGUUUAGUCGUUCUGAAGAGAAAAACAAAGUCCAAAACUCCUCAAACCCAAAGAACCCAACCAACGAACCAACCAACCUAUUAUGAUAUAACACCACUCUCCUUCGCGCUCCAAUCUCCUCCCUCCCAGACAAUCCUCUUCAACACUUUUCUACUUUUUUAUUCAGACUAGUCUCCUCAGCUUCGGUUCAUCCUCACUAGCCAUGCCAGCCGAAGACAUGAGCCGUCGGAAGGAGAGAUUGGUAGAUGAAUCUAAGAAGAUUGUGGAAAACAUAAAUGAAAUGACUUUUGCAAACUUAAAUGAUCAACAAGUGCAUUCCCUGAUGACGAUGAGAGAAAUAGCUCGUGGAAUUGUUAAUAACAGAGUUGAAAAGGUUACUAAGAGUGAUGUGAAAAAGGCAUUAUCCUUCAGUAUUGAAAAGAUGGUGGGUUCAUGCAAGGAUGUCAGUAACAUUUUAAGUAGAAUACCUUGUGAUGGUAUGGAUGAUGAGCAGACUCAGUCAGUGUCACGAAUGAAAGAGAUUGUUUCGAUGAUUGUUACAAGACGAGCUAAAGUUUCAACAACUCGACGUGAACCUGUUGAAUCAGUCAGUGGAGUAGAUGCAGAGACUGUGGAGAGUAAGAUGGGUGAGGCCUUGAUCCCAGCAAACAGGGAUAUAGAUAUUGGUGGGCUUCAAAGAAGAUUAUUUGAAAAUGAGGCACUGGAAGUGGGGGCUCAGGCAAGAAAUAAAGACAGCCAGAAUGAGUCCAUGCCAUCAGGUAAUGGUGCUGUGCCCCUCAUAGGGGAACAAGUUGUAAUGCACGUUGAUGGAUCAGAGACUACUAGCAAUGAGAUGCAGAUUGGUCAGGUAGAAGGGAUGAUGUUUGACGACGUGCAAUUGGUGGUGGAAAUUGAUGAUUUACGUACUGAAGGUGGUCAGAAUGAUCUAAUGGAAAUUGAUGAGUUAAGAGCUCAAGAUGGUAAUUACGAGAUGGCAGAAGCUGAUAGGUUAAGAAUUGAAAAUAGUCAGAAUGAGAUGAUGGAAGUUGGUGAGUUAAGAAUUGUAGAUGGUCAUAUUGAGAUGGUGGAAGCUGACGAGUUACGAGGUGAAGAUGGUAGGAGUGAGAUGGUGGAAUCUGUUGAGCUAAGAACUGAUGAGAUGGAAGCUGAUGCGUUGAGAACUGAUGAUCAGAAUAAUGUGCAAAAAAACUUUAGUGAGACAUCUGAACCUAAAAAUACAGAUAAUCAGAAUAAGGUCUCACUCUCACCCUUUCGAGGACCUGUUGUAUGGCCCCCAGGUGGGAAAAUAACCUUAGAUUGGGUGAAAAAUUUGAUGUUUUCAUUUGAGCGGUCUUCAAAGAGGGACCCACCAUCAGAGUUUUGGUCUCUCAUGCCGCUUGCUGUGGUGGAUAAAUUACUUAAUGCUGCUUCAAGUAUUCUAUCCAAGGAGCCAAAUUGUGUGGCAGUUGAUUGCCAAGGAGAAGAUUCUAGGGUUGCUGUAGUGGGUGAUGUGAAUGGACAAUUCCAUGAUUUACUCAAUAUUUUUAAAAUUGUUGGGCUGCCUUCUGAGAAGCAAUUUUAUGUUUUUAAUGGAAAUUAUGUAGACAGAGGUGCGUGGGGCUUAGAGGUGUUUCUGGUCUUGUUGGCUUGGAAGGUUUUGAUGCCUAAUAGAGUGUAUCUUCUACGAGGAAACCACGAGACCAAAUUUAGUACAUCAAUAUACGGUUUCGAGCAAGAGGUGAAAACCAAAUUUGGUGACCAAGGUGAAAUGGUCUACAAGAAUUGUGUGGAAUGCUUUAAAGAUCUUCCUUUGGCCUCAAUUAUAGCAGGUUGUGUGUACACCACUCAUGGAGGUCUUUUCCGAAGCACACAUACUGGACCUUUUCGGAGGACUAAGAGAAAGAGGGCACACAAUGUGGAGCUAGGUUCAUUAGAAGACUUGUCUAAGGUGAAUCGUCUUCUUAUAGAUGCUCCAGAUGGAGGUCCAAAUGUAUUAUUGGGUGAUGUGCUAUGGUCAAAUCCAUCGAUGGAUGAUGGUCUAUUUGAGAGUGUGAAUCAAGGAAUGGGUCUAUCUUGGGGUCCUGAUUGCACCGAGGCUUUUUUGAAACAAUCAAAUUUAAAGUUGAUCUUAAGAUCUCAUGAAGGCCCUGAUGCAAGAGCUGGUCAAGAUGAUUUUGGAGACAUGCUGAGUGGGUACAGUAUGGAUCACCAUGGAGAAUCAGGGACACUCUACACUUUAUUUAGUGCUCCAGAUUACCCACAGUUUGGCGAAACCAAAUAUUACAAUGAAGGAGCAUUUGCUAUACUGAAGCCCCCAAACUUUGAAAGGCCAUCUUUCCACUCAUUCAAAGCUGUAGAAAGGCCAGAGGUGCAUGGACAGCCUACAACAGAUCGUUCAUCUUCAUCUCGAAGUAUUUUUCCUCCUUGGAUAAGCUCUAAGGUCGAUUUUGAGGCAUUGGGCAUUUCCAAUCCCCCUUCAUGGAGUGUUCCAUUGGCAGAUGAUGCAGGUGGCGUGCAAGUUGUCCCAAUUCCUAGGGCCCCUAUGGUAGAAGGACUCCCUCUACCAUCAGAUCUGCAGGAGCCUCACAAGGCUGCGUUUGAGUAUCUCUUUGAGCUUAUUGCUGCACUGAAGCAUAUUAUUUCAGCUAGAGUGACUGAAAAUGGGGUUCAAAAGUCAGCUGAGGGGUGUGUUCCAAAUGACAGUGAGGUCAACGUGAAUCAAGCUAAGAAGGGGGGUGCUCCAUAUGAAAGCCAAGAGCAAACGAAUGAGGUUAACUUGAAGCAAGCCGAGGAUCAAGUUGAAAGGCAAGAUCAAAACAAUGAAGUCAGCUUGAAGCAAGCUGAGAAAGGAAGUAUUCCAGAUGAAAGCCAAGGGCAAAAUUACGAGGUCAGCUUGAAGCAUUCUGAGAAAGGAAGUGCUCCAGAUGAAAGCCAAGGGCAAAACUACGAAGUCAGUUUGAAGCAAUCUAAGAAAGGAAGUGCUCUGGAUGAAAGCCAAGGGCAAAACUAUGAGGCCAGCUUGAAGCGAGCAGUGGAAGUAAGCACUCCAUAUGAAAGCCAAGUGCAAUACAAUGAGGUCAACUUGAUGCAAGUAGAGGAAAGAAGUACUCCAUAUGAAAGCCAAGGGAAAAACAAUGAUGCCAACUUGAAGCAAGCAGGGGAAAGAAUUACUCAAGAUGAAAGCCAAGGGCAAAACUAUGAGGUCAACUUGAAGCAACCAUUAAAAAAAAGUACUCCAGAUGAAAGCCAAGAGCAAAACAAUGAGGUCAAAGCAGUGGAAGAAAAAAGUAAUACAGAUGAAUGCCUAAGGCAAAAUAAUGACGUCAAUUUGAUUCGAGCGAUGGAGGAAGGUACUCCGUGUGCAAGCCAAGCACAAAGAAAUGAGGCUGACUUGAUGCAAGUAGAGGAAGAAAGUAGUCGAGAUAAAAGACAAGGGCAAAUCAAUGAGGUCAAUUCAGUGCGGGAAAUAGAAGCAAGUAUUCAAGGUGAUAACUUGAUGCAAGUAGAGGAAGAAGGUACUCAAGAUAAAAGCGAAGGGAAAAACAAUGAGGCCAACUCGAUGCAAAAACCGGAAGGAAAUAGUCGAGAAGAAAGCCAAGAGCAAAACAAUGAGGCUAACUUGAUGCAAGUAGAAGAAGAAGGUACUCAAGAUAAAAGUCAUGGGCAAAACAAUGAGGCCAACUUGAUGGAGAAAAAGGAUGGAAAUAGUCAAGAUGAAAGCCAAGGGCAAAACAAUGAGGCCGAGUUGAUGCAAAAAAAGGAAGGAAAUCGUCAAGAUGAGAGCCAAAGGCAAAACAAUGAGACCAACUUGAUGCUAGUAGAAGAAGGUACCCAAGAUAAAAGCCAAGUGCAAAACAAUGAGGCCAACAUGAUGCAAAAAAAGGAAGGAAACAAUCAAGAUGAAAACCAAGGGCAAAACAGUGAGGCCAACUUGAUGCAAGUAGAGGAAGAAGGUACUCAAGAUAAAAGCCAAGGGCAAAGCAAAAGCCAAGGGCUAAACAAUGAGGCCAACUCUAUGCUUAUAAAGGAAGGAAAUACUCAAGAUGAAAGACAAGAACAGAACAAUGAGGAUCAUUUGAAGCAAACAGAAGAAGAAAGUACUCCGGUUGAAAGACAAGGACCGAACAAUAAGGAUCACUUGAAGCAAACAGAAGAAGAAAGUACUCCCGUUGAAAGACAAGGACAAAACAAUGAGGAUCACUUGAAGCAAACAGAAGAAGAAAGUAAUCCGGUUGAAAGACAAGGACAGAACAAUGAGAAUCACUUGAAGCAAACAGAAGAAGAAAGUACACAGGUUGAAAGACAAGGACAGAACAAUGAGGAUCACUUCAAGCAAACAGAAGAAGAAAGUACUCCAGUUGAAAGACAAGGACAAACAACAAGUUCAUCUUAAAGCAAGCAGAGGAAAGAAAUGCUCCAGAAGAAAGCAAAGAGCGCAGUAGCAAAAUAACUUGAAGCCAGUUGAAAAGGCUUAACAUCUCAAAACUGUUGAGAUUCCAGGAAUCAUUGUUAAUUUGUUCAAAGAUCAAAUAUUGUUUUUUAGUCCAUAUAUCUUAUUUUCUCUUAUGAAAAGAAAAGUGAUAACAUUUUAACAAUGGCAGAUGCUUUGUAAUUAAUGAUGGGUAUCAACCAUUCGAGCAAUUCAAUUGUAGAAACACUCCACAGUACAGCAACAAUAAACAAUCAAGUACUACAAUAACUUGUUCAGAA